AUGAGCAGGUUCGUGUACGGCAGUCUGCUCGCGCCGGAGGUACUCAACGCGCUCCUCGGGCGCGUCCCCGACCGGACGCCGGCCACCCUUCCCGGGUUCGUCAGGAGGCGAAUCAAGGACGCGGUGUAUCCCGCAAUCUACCCCGCCGAAGAUCCAUCCAACGCGUCGGUCGACGGAGAGGUGCUCACGGGGAUGUCCAGGCGCGAGCUCGCGGUGCUCGACUGGUUCGAGGACGAGGCCUACGUCCUCACCCGCGUGGACGUCACCUUCGACGAGACGCGCGUGUGGUCGCCGCCCGAGACGGUGGAAGGGGUGGAGCCGUACCUGGACCCGAGCAUCGUGAUGGCCUACGUCUUCACUUCGCCGAGAGACCUGUACGGAGUCUGGGACUACGAGGAGUUUCGAAGGGAGCACCUGGGUUCGUACGUGGCGAUGUGCGAGGCUUUCGCGGAGGACGUCAAGCACAACGACCUUCCGGGAGACGACGACGAGCUGGAGGACGGGAUCGGUGACGAGGUGAAGUAG